CUCUUGGGGCACUCGGCUGCUAUCCCCGGGGGCAGCCAGCAUCCAGGUGGAGGUGGCCAUGGCUUCUGACCUCAGUCGCCGUCAGUAGCAUGGGCUGGCCCUGCUGGUGGUAGCCUUGAGCCAUCUUUUUCAGCUGACAGCCAGUUUGGCCUGGAACCCAGCCAGGAGUCGUGGAUUUUUCAGGUCUGCUCCUCCUUUAACAGAGCGAUCACUUUUGACCCUCGGGGCCACCUGAAGCACCACGGCUGCUUGUCCCCUGGGGAGCGACAGGAUUUGCUGGGAGUUGCCGGCGCACAGUGGAGCCUCACUGGGGAGAUGUCUACACCAACCAUGGGCGCCCGUGGGCUGGACAAGCGAGGAAGCUUCUUUAAGCUUAUUGACACAAUUGCCUCGGAGAUCGGAGAACUGAAACAGGAGAUGGUGCAGACCGAUGCCAAUCUGGGACAUGGCCUGGAACCCAACGAAACUCACAGCAUGGUAAGGCACAAGGAUGGCUAUCCUGAGGAUAAGGACAUGAAGACCUGUCCCCGGGACUCCGGCUAUGACAGCCUCUCCAACAGGCUCAGCAUCCUGGACCGGCUCCUCCACACCCACCCCAUAUGGUUGCAGCUGAGUCUGAGUGAGGAGGAGGCAGCCCAAGUUCUACAGUCCCAACCUCCGGGGAUCUUCCUGGUUCGUAAAUCCAGCAAGAUGCAGAAGAAAGUCCUUUCUCUUCGCCUGCCCCCUGAGUCUGGAACACCACUGAAGGAGUUUGCCAUCAAGGAAAGCACCUACACUUUUUCCCUGGAAGGCUCAGGAAUCAGUUUUGCAGAUUUAUUCCGACUCGUGGCUUUCUACUGCAUCAGCAGGGAUGUUCUGCCAUUCACCUUGAAGUUGCCUUAUGCCAUUUCCAUAGCCAAGACCGAGGCUCAACUUGAAGAGCUAGCUCAGCUGGGACUAAAUUUUUGGAGCUCUCCAGCUGACAACAAACCCCCAAACCCUCCACCUCCCCAUAGGCCUCCCUCUGCCGACGCCGACGCCCACGACGGUGGCUGCUCAGCCCCGCUGCGGCAGCUCUGCCUUAUAAAUGGAGUGCAUUCUAUAAAAACGAGGACGCCUUCGGAGCUGGAGUGCAGCCAAACCAACGGAGCCUUGUGUUUCAUUAAUCCCCUUUUCUUGAAAGUGCACAGCCAGGACCUCGGGGCAGGCCUCAAGCGGCCGAGCACCAGGACUCCCAACGCCAAUGGCCCCGAGCGUCCUCGCUCGCCGCCGCCCAGGCCCCCGCCACCCACUAUUAAUAGUCUGCACACAAGCCCUCGGCUGGCCGGGACUGAAACCCAGACGAGCAUGCCAGAAACAGUCAACCAUAACAAACAUGGGAACGUAGCUCCGCCUGGAACGAAACCAACCCCCAUCCCUCCGCCCCGGCUGAAGAAGCAGGCUUCUUUUCUGGAAGCUGAGGGAAGCUCAAAGACCUUGACCCGCCGGCGUCCCGGUCCGGAGCCCGAGCUCUGCACAGCUGGCAGCCCAGGUGGCGCCCCGCCUGCAGACGCCCCGGGGGAUUGCACAAGGGCCCGGCCUCCCAGCUCUGAAUCACAGCCCCCGUGCCAUGGAGGCAGGCAGAGGCUGAGCGACAUGAGCAUUUCCACUUCCUCCUCCGACUCGCUGGAGUUCGACCGCAGCAUGCCUCUCUUUGGCUACGAGGGGGACACCAACAGCAGCCUGGAGGACUUCGAAGGGGAGAGUGACCAGGAGACCAUGGCGCCCCCCAUCAAGUCCAAAAAGAAGAGGAACAGUUCCUUCGUGCUGCCUAAGCUUGUCAAGUCCCAGCUGCGGAAGAUGAGCGGCGUCUUCAGCUCCUUCAUGACCCCGGAGAAGCGGAUGGUGCGCAGGAUCGCCGAACUGUCCCGGGACAAGUGCACCUAUUUCGGGUGCCUGGUGCAGGACUACGUGAGCUUCCUGCAGGAGAACAAGGAAUGCCAUGUGUCCAGCACCGACUUGCUGCAGACCAUCCGGCAGUUCAUGACCCAGGUGAAGAACUAUUUGUCCCAGAGCUCGGAGCUGGACCCCCCCAUUGAGUCACUGAUCCCCGAAGACCAAAUAGAUGUGGUGUUGGAGAAGGCCAUGCACAAGUGCAUCCUGAAGCCCCUGAAGGGGCACGUGGAGGCCAUGCUCAAGGACUUCCACAUGGCUGACGGCUCCUGGAAGCAGCUCAAGGAGAACCUGCAGCUUGUGCGGCAGCGGAACCCACAGGAGCUGGGGGUCUUCGCCCCCACCCCCGACUUGGUGGACGUAGAGAAAAUCAAGCUCAAGUUCAUGACCAUGCAGAAGAUGUAUUCUCCGGAGAAGAAAGUCAUGCUGCUGCUGAGGGUCUGCAAGCUCAUUUACACCGUCAUGGAGAGCAACUCAGGGAGGAUGUACGGCGCUGAUGACUUCCUGCCGGUCCUGACCUACGUCAUUGCCCAGUGCGACAUGCUGGAGCUGGACACGGAGAUCGAGUACAUGAUGGAGCUUCUGGACCCCUCGCUGCUGCACGGAGAAGGAGGUUAUUACUUGACGAGCGCCUACGGGGCACUCUCCCUCAUCAAGAAUUUCCAGGAGGAGCAGGCAGCACGACUCCUCAGCUCAGAGACCAGGGACACACUGCGACAGUGGCACAAACGCAGGACCACCAACCGCACCGUCCCGUCUGUGGAUGACUUCCAGAAUUACCUCCGCGUCGCCUUCCAGGAGGUCAACAGCGGCUGCACGGGGAAGACCCUCCUCGUGAGGCCGUACAUUACCACUGAGGAUGUGUGUCAGCUGUGUGCAGAGAAGUUCAAGGUGGGGGAGCCUGAGGAAUACAGCCUCUUUCUCUUCGUGGACGAGACGUGGCAGCAGCUGGCAGAGGACACGUACCCUCAGAGGAUCAAGGCCGAGCUGCACAGCCGGCCACAGCCCCACGUCUUCCACUUCGUCUACAGACGCAUCAAGAGCGACCCUUAUGGCGUGACCUUCCACAGUGGGGAGGAAGAACCCACGCCCUCUUAGAAGGCACGCGAGACAACCCAUUGGUGCAUCCAACGGGGCGGGAGUGCGGCUGGGAGCGUGGCCUUCCGGCUGCCCCAUGCUCAAUCUUGACAAACAGUCCCCUCCUUGGGGACCCCUCAGUUCAGCAAUGAAGCCAUCCACAGCUGACCACUGCCCAGGCAGCAUGGCUGAGGGUCGUGAAACUGUAGGAUUCCCCCUCUAAGGUGCAGCGUCACCGUUAGUGGUGUCAGGUGUGUUCAGAUUGACACCUGCCCCAGCCAGGCCCAGAACUGGUUGCCUUCUGUCUUUGUGUAUGUGCUGAAUAAAAUGUAAGGCACAAACUCUCUUCUUGACUUCAACAGCAGGUGUUCAACAGCAGGCUGGCCCGUGCAGUGGCUCAGGUACUGUCUCAGUUAUGUGGAUGGCUCCAUCCUGUCUUUUUUUUUUUUUUUUUUUUUACAAAGAGCCUUUGUGUUUUUAUAUAUUUCAUAGAAAUUUUUUUAUAGCAGUUGCAGGUAAACUGUCAGGAUCGGUUUUUAAAAUAUUUUUGUAACUUUAUAAUUAUGCAUGUGAUUUUAACAUUUUAAUAUCGCAAAGGAAUCUCUUGCUGGAUUUGAGAGAAUUGCAUCUUCCCGGUGUGUCUUCUGUAACUGGAUGUCUAGGUGACUUUACAGAGAGACCCCGUUGGAUUUCUUACAGCGACGUCUUCCUGACACUGGCCACAGCAUGCCUUUGGAAACCUUCUGUACUGUCACCUUGUUCGUGUUUAGUGAUGUUGUGCGGCUCUGUGUGUUAGACAAGUGGCCCUGAGAACCAAGAAUGAAAUGAAUGUAGAGGCAGGUGGAGAGAGUUAUAGACCCUAAGAGAGGGGAUGGAGGAAUGUGGUCUGCUGGUCCAGGCUCUUUGAGGGACACAGGGAAAGGAGCAGGAAGGACCCCCACCCCUGUAAAUAGGCGAUGCCAUUCUGGCAAAAUUGAUUCCACAUAUUAUCUGCUUCUGGAAACUUUUGAAAAACUCUACCAAAAAAAAAAAACACUCCCCACCCUCCCCUGUUUGCAUAUAAAGUGAAACUGACAGUGUGAAAUGAUUUGGGGCAGAAAUUAAACAUAGUGUAUAAUGUGGCUUUUGUUGAGUUUAAAAAAAAGAGAAGAGUUUGAAGAUGCACCCAGAAACUGUCUGCAUUGCAAGAAUGCACAGUCAAGUUAGGUUUAUGUCUCACGAGGCCGGGUCGCAGGGAUGUGCCUGGCAGGCCCCUUGCAUUGCGCACCACAGGUAGUGAUCAAAACUUGACAUUGUGCUGUGUGCAGAGUCAAAGGCCUCCGGUUGGGUUGGCAUUGUUCCUUGUACUUUCAGUGGCCUUGGCUUUUGUCCUGGAAACCCUCAGCCCAUACUGUGUUAUACUUCCUUUUGUACAUGACUUUUUUAAAAAUGGGAUUUUGCACAUACUACAUUGUAAUACUGUACGAUAAUCCUGUGUGAAGACAAUUUCUUUUUUUUUUUUGAAAUAUUC